GUGAAUCAGUCGAUAUAUAUAAAUAUGAUGAAAUGAUCCGAAUGGGUAGUGUAUGGAGAGUGAAUAGCAAAGGUUCUCAAAGAAGAAAUCAUCUCAGCUGUUUCAACCAAGAUAUAUCUAUACGAGUAUCAGCAUGAAGAUUUCUGCGGCAAUGGUUGUCAUCAGCAUUAUGUCGAUGAAGUUAGAAUUCUCAAAUGCCCACAGCAAACACAUGAUUUGCAAAUCGGUUGAUGACGUUUUCAACGAAGAAACCGAGGCUUUUGGUAACCCACUGACCCGACGGCAUCACCGAGGUAUUUCAGGCAAAAGGGGCGCAAAAGGAGACAAAGGGAACCAAGGUCAACCGGGGGCAAAAGGCGAACCUGGAAUUACAGCCAUCGUCGAUUAUGAGAGGGUUAAUGCCACUAUAAAACGUUUAGAAUCCUGCACUGGAUUCGUUUAUACCGAAUAUUGUUACUGGGUCGAGAUACAUUUAAGUAGCGAUAUAAACUAUGCUGAAGCCAAGAAAAUAUGCCUGCGAAAUUCGGGAAAACCAGCAGAUAUUGUCAAUUCUCAGCAUUACCAACUUGUGAAUAACGAGAUUAGAUUGAACAUGCCUUCCGCAUUGUCAUACGUCCACGCGUGGUUAUCUAUGACCAUAAAUCCACUGUCAGGAGCGGUUCGAUUUUCCGGCGGGAAGUCAGCAAGAACUGUGAACUACUAUCCAGAAUAUCCAAAAUCUACUGCCUCUUACACACAAAUGGCAAUUGGAGUCCGUAAAGAUACUUCGGAUGCGGCACAAGGAAUGUUCAAUUACACUCCAAUUAAUGGCCUCAUGGGAGUUGUUUGUCAGAAUAAUUGAAUGAGGAAGUAUAAUUCAGUUGAAUCAUUCUUUAGAUGAGAUAUAGCCUAUUGUAUGUUGUAUGGGUAUGGACUAGCUUUUGUUAAUAUUUCUG